AUACCAGCACAAAAAAUGUGGAAAUAUCUCCUUGGCAAGGUUUUCGUGACCACCGGCGGCAAGGCUCAGAACCAACAGCAAGCGACUAGUGAUAGUGAUACGACAACGAUGGCGACAGCGGUCGAAACACGACCUAGUCAACCUAGUGGUCUGAUGGGGCUGCUCGGCAUCUUUGGCACCAUGAAGCGACAAAUUUUCGGUCCCUGCUAUGAUCCGUACCAGCGGGACCAGGUAGCACAAAAAAAACAAGAACAAGAAGACGCGCGUGACGAGCGACCAACCAAAGGAUGUUGGUCUCUUACCUCAUUGAUCGUGAACAAUAUCUCCACCAUGGCCUAUGAGCUCUUUUGGAACACAACAUCAGCACAACCGCCGGUAGCGGUAACAAGUUUCAACGAAAAACAGCAACAGCGACGUCGUCCACUCUUCCGUGGCCGGGAUAUUGACUUUACACAUUUCAAGACAUCGUCCGCUUGGGAAAACAGAAUGCAAGAGGCCGAACGGUUGAUUCGUGGUAUUUGUUUGCAAAACCAACAACAGCAACGAGACAGUAUAAACGAUCCCUCAGCAUGGGCUGUAAAUGCAGCCCUAGCCUAUCAACUUGCGCUCGAAGAAGACAAUAACAAAUGGGGCCUGGUGAACAAGGAGGAUCUCGAAGUCUGCUUCUUGGCACUCACGCCACCUCCGAAACCCAAACGCACUUACGUUACCAUCCCAGAAGCAUCUACACCACCAGGUGUACCUCACAAUUACCAGCAUCCACGCAAUCAUCCCCAUCUUUUUCAUGACGCAGUAGUACUAUCAUAGCAGUACUAAAGUAGGAAACCUUACCCUUUCUCUUCUCUUCUUUGUUAUAUCCCAUCUUCUUUGCAUAUAUUUUUACAGUAAAACUUUAUUAAUCAGUUCUCCACACGUCCACAUCUGCACAUACACACACCCACACAUCCAGAAACGGCAGAAAAUCUAUCAAUCAACCAAAAAAACAAAAAAAACUAACACUACUGUAGAAUUGUACUUAGCUUUAUUAUUUUCUUUACAUACAACAUCAAUCAGCAAGAUCAACAUACUUAGUAUUCAGAAUCUGUUAUUUCAUAUCAGCUACAUUUUUCUUAAGUUUAAAGCAUAUGAUAUUGUGUUGUAACGAGGAGAAAGCUGUGUGUGUGUGU